GUGUAUGAGUUAACAGCUGAAUGUAUGUUUACUGGGAUACUUGCUCUUAAGAAUUUCUGGCUCAGCAUUCUAAAAUUUCUGGAAGCAGAGAACACUGUGCAUGGGAGGAAAAUUAUGAUGGUGGUCUUGAUCCUGGACUCUGAAUUGGAUGAGGAAUCCUUUAACUUGGAUAACAACAACAGUGCUCAUCAUGAAAGAGAUAUAAACCGAAACUUUGAAAAUGAAAUUCCUCAGGAGAAUGGUAAUGCUUCAGUUACAUCUCAACAGAUCAUUCAGUCUUCAGCUUUCCCUCAGGCAGAUGUUCUUUCAAGCUCACUUGAGGCAGAGCAUAGGUUAUUAAAGGAGAUGGGCUGGCAAGAAGACAGUGAAAAUGAUGAAACAUGUGCUCCACUAACAGAGGAUGAGAUGAGGGAGUUUCGAGUCAUUAGCGAACAGUUACAAAAAAAUGGCCUUCGGAAAAACGGCAUUUUGAAAAAUGGCCUCAUCUGUAAUUUUAAAUUUAGUCCCUGGAAAAACAGCACUUUCAAACCUGCUCUGGAGAAUGAAGAUUCCGAGACGAGCAGCAGUGAUACAUCAGAUGAUGAUGAUGUGUGAAGACUUCUGUAACACCUGUAGAAGCCUGUUUUGGUCUCAUGAAAAUCUGGGGAUGUCUUGUCCAAAAAAGAAUUUCUAAUUUAUGUAGUAACAUACCCACUAGAGGAAGAAUGAUGAUACUUUUCUCUCGAGAAAGCAAGGAAUGUUGUGUUGGGUGUGUUGAGCGUUACUAUGAUUUCUUUGUAAACGAAUGUUGUAGAAUGAGGACUUGAUUUGACCCAGCCAGCAAUGACUUUCUUCAUCACUGAAGCAUUUCUGACUAGCAAUGUGACAUUGUAACAGAUCAGACUUUCUCAUUUAAUAAU